AUGCUAGUGCCAUUAUCCAAGGAAAAGCUCCUGCUGCAGCACCGUUGCAGUGCUUGCCUCAACACUGAGGAGCAGGCACAGAAGUGGCAGUGCACAGAGGAUGCUUCUGGCAAACUUCGAAUUCACAAGUGCAAGGUGCCGAGCGACAUCCUGGCCAUGAGGAAGCGAGCGCGCAGCCUGCACUCGCGGGGGUACAGCAAAGACAAGGACUGCAGCUGCGGAGACGCCGAUUACCGCGGCAGCAGGACACAGAGGAAAAAUCAGAGACAGUUCCUGAGAAACCCUAAUGUGCAGAAAUACAAGCCUCGAUUUGUUCACACUCGCCAAACCCGGUCCCUGUCUGUGGAAUUUGAGGGUGAGAUAUAUGACAUAAAUCUGGAGGAAGAAGAGCUGCAGGUGCUGAAGACCAGGAGUAUCACCAAGCGUCACAAUGUUGAAAAUGAGGAGGAAGGAGAGGAAACUCCUCGUGCCGCCCGUGACAUGAUGGUCGCUGAUGGCACUGAUGCUACAGGUCAACCCAGCUCUGUCAGAGUGACACACAAAUGUUUCAUUCUUCCAAAUGACACCAUUCACUGUGAGAGGGAGCUGUACCAGUCUGCCAGAGCCUGGAAGGAUCACAAGGCUUACAUUGAUAAGGAGAUCGAAGCUCUCCAAGACAAAAUUAAGAAUUUGAGAGAAGUUAGAGGACACCUAAAAAGAAGAAAACCAGAUGAGUGUGAUUGUAGCAAACAGAGCUAUUACAACAAAGGGAAGGGUGUAAAGGCCCAAGAAAAACUCAAGAGCCAUCUUCACCCCUUCAAAGAAGCAGCCCAGGAGGUGGAUGGCAAGCUGCAGCUGUUCAAGGAGAGCCGGAGAAGGAAGAAGGAGCGGAAGGGGAAGCGGCGCCAGAAGAAGGGAGACGAGUGCAGCCUUCCUGGGCUGACCUGCUUCACCCACGACAACAACCACUGGCAAACAGCACCGUUCUGGAACUUGGGCUCUUUCUGUGCUUGCACCAGCUCCAAUAACAACACUUACUGGUGUUUGCGAACAGUUAAUGACACCCACAAUUUUCUGUUCUGUGAGUUUGCAACUGGCUUCUUGGAAUAUUUUGAUAUGAACACUGAUCCCUAUCAGCUGACCAAUACCGUUCACACAGUGGAAAGAGGCAUUUUGAAUCAAUUGCACAUCCAGCUUAUGGAACUGCGAAGCUGUCAAGGCUACAAGCAGUGCAAUCCAAGGCCAAAGGGACUUGAAACAGAGGACAAUUAUGGGAUGGAUGGGAAGGCUAAGCUGCCCAGUUUCACUGGCGACAUUGACUGGCAAGGACUGGAAGACUUGUACAGUGUGAAUGAAAGUGCAUAUGAAUACAGACACAACUUUAGACUUAGUCUGGCUGACUGGACUAAUUACUUGAAGGAUGUAGAUAGAAUGUUUGCACUGCUGAACAGUUACUACCAGCAAAAUAAACCAGACAAGGAUAACACUGGUCGAAGCAACGGGGACGAAUCAUCCACGCCGUUCACCUUGGUGGAAAUGACUUCUGCUGAGGAGUCCAGCGGCCUGACUGCAGAAGAGCUGCAGCUCAUUGUGCCAACAGACUUUGCAGCCCUUGCUUUGAGCACGGUGAAUUUAAGCCAGGAGAGGAAACUUGAAUUAAACAACGAUAUUCCUGAGAAAAGCAGUUUGAACGACGCACACUGGAGGAGCAGUCAUCCAGCUGAAAAAUGGAUGGAGGAUAAAGAAUCGGACCGUUUUGAUAUGGAUUUCAGUGGAAACGGUCUGAUAGAGUUGGAGUCCCGGCAUAGCUUCAUGCUACAGCCCAUCAGCAUUCCCCAAAAAGACACUCAUCAGGAUAGUGACACUGUGGAAGACAUAUUUGAAGACCAAAUGUAUCUUCCCAUGAGGUCUGAUGAACCCUUCAUUCAUCAGACUGUAAACAUAUCCAUUAGGGAUUCCCCUGUCAGUACCCAAGAAGAAGGAACUUUCUUUAAAAAAACCAAACAGAGUCCUGCAGGAGAAAGUUCAAAAAUUCUAAAUGCAGAAGGCAGUGCCUCAGCUCCACUCUCCUUGGAUUAGAUCAAGUUGUAAACCGUUAAAUAAGUUCUCCUUUUUCUUAUUAGCAAACUAAUAAAGGUAAUCAAGACAACUGACAUUCCAUGUUUAUUGUAGACACGUUUUGCAGCUAAAUUGAGCCCAGUUCAGUAUUUGUCUCUGUGCAUUAUUUUUUAUUCACGUGCACAUGCUCUCACUGUAAUUCGACACACUGGGAAGCAAGAUUUCCGGUUUUCCAUUAAAAGAAACAGUAUUAACUUUCAAAUGCAGUAGCACAAUCUCUGAAAGCUAAAAUUUAUUUCUUCAAAAAGGAUGUCCAAGUCAUUCUCCCUAUUUCCAAAUGACCCCACUGUGACUGAGUGUUUCAAUUCACCCAGUACGCCCGCAUAAUAUCUUUUUCAUCAAUUAUUUUAACCACUGGCAAUUCUUAAUGCCAUGCUUUCAAGUAAAAUGCACUUUUAAAAUCUGUAUGCCAUACCAUUUAUGCAUCUAAUACCUUAGAGGUUCUUAGUUCGCUCAUUGUCUUAUGAAAUUGUGAAACCAAUAAACAGAAAAGAUGUAACUGAAUAAACUGAAAGAUGUAAACACCAUGGACUGUGGAAAUAGAAUCUUCAAAUAUUAUUUUAGCAAAAAUAUUGCGUGUUUUUGUUGCUUUAUUAAAUUUACUCUCAGAAAGGUAUGGCUAAUGAUUGUUAACUGUAGAAGGAUUUGUCUAAAUUGGAUUGUUUCCCUAUGUGUUGGUAUUGUCAGUAUUAAAAUUCCAUUAAUUUUUCUGACCUUUUUUUUUUUUUUUUGCUGAUACUGGUAAAAAGGUUUACAUCAGUACAUAAAUGUUUUUGUCACCCCACCUGAUUUUCAUUAUUCUGAGCAAUAUCUUGAAAGUGUUAUUAUAAUUUUGAGUCUUAAAUGAUUUUUUGUUUUGAACAGGCAUUAAAGGGAAUGAUAAAAUCAUGUUAGGUUUCCAUUAUUUCAGACACAAAAGGCACAUGAGGGUAAAAAAUAGUAGUUUAGUAAUAAUUUUUGUUGUUGUAUUCUAAAUUUUUUCUUGAACUUUACCAAACAUUAAAUCGUAUUAAGUAUAAUACAAAAAUGACUUUGAAAACUUUCUGUAUUACUCAAAACUUAAUAUUUUCCCUUGCUUUUGUACAAAUUUCUAAAUAAUUAUUACAACAGCAACAAAAGAGAAUUACCUCAAACAGAUGUAAUUCCACAGUGUCCAACUCACGGGUGUAUUUCCUACCUGUUACAUGUUAUUUAGUGUAGUGAAUACUUUUUGGCUAUUGCAAGCACUGCAGGUUAAACUUACAUUCAUUACAUUGUAUUUUAAGUUGAAACUUUUUUAAAAGGAAAUUGGUUUAGUAGGAUUUUAAUAAUUUUAAGCAGUCUUUUUGAUGGACUCUGUAAAUAUGUUAAAAUUACUAGUUCUUUAUCUGAUGUAUGUGUCAUGGGCUGAUAGAAAAACAUAUUUAUGGUCAUGAAUGAUGGUAUUUGUACAUAGGUUUUAAGUUACUAGGAUACAAACUGUGUUUUUAAAUCUUGUAUAAUAUUUCUGUGAUACUUUUAUAGUACAAUUCUGGCUUCGGGAAAGUCUA